AUGGCGGCCGCGCCACAGCGCCCCCUGCCGGCCCGGAGGACUCGGACGCGCGUACCCAAAGCGGGCCCGGAGGACGCGGACACAGCGCCCCCUGCCGGCCCGGAGGACUCGGACGCACCCUUUGGCACGGGCAGCUCUGCCCGUUCCCGAGCGGGGCGUCGCGGGCAGCGUGCGGGACACGCUCCUGCCCGGCCUCGCCCGCCGGGCACGACCCGGGCGCUGCUCGGAGCUACCAAGGACAUCGAACCGCUCAGCCCGGCCCCCCCCCAAGAGUCAUUUCCUGCCUCCGUGGGGACGGGCUCGAGAAAGUCCCGCGGAGCAGCGGCGGCAGCGGACGACACCCAAGGCAGGAGGAUGAACUUCUUCAUCGCCGCGCUCCUGGUUCUGCAGUUCGUCCCAGGGAAUGCAGAGGUAGAAGACGACGAGGAGGAGAUCACGCAGUUUUUAUUCGACUACGCAGCUCGUUACAGUGAUUACCUCUAUUCCACGGGAGACUAUUACUACGACAACACCACGGGAAUGCCCACCCCCUACACGUUUGAGAUGGAUUCCUACGAGACAAACACCAUGGGGGAUUUUGGGCAGUGGUUUCCACAAGAGGAUGCCACCACCAAGAUUUCAGGGAUACCAGGCACGGAUGCUCCAGGGGAUUCCAGGAAUGCCAAGGACAGCCAGGAUUUCUGGGAUUCAGCGGGAUCACCCCUCCAGUGCCACGUCCCCCUCGUCACCCUCCUCAGUCUCCGGGGUCUCCUGCUAUGACCCCCCCCAUGCUCCUCCUCCGAAGACACAGCAGCUGGGAUGGAGAUCAGAACUUCAUCAGGUGUUGGCAACGACGAACAACAUCCUCCCCACGAGGCGCCGCCUCCGCUCCGGAACCGCGGUGACUCUCCCAAAG